AGGAGGCGGCGGCCGCGGCGGCGGGGCGGCGGCGCGGCGCGGCGCGGGAGCGGAGAGCAGCGGAGCGCGCACGCCGCGGCCAUGGGCUAGCGGCAGCCGGGGCCCAGCCGAGGGCACUGCCCGCCCGGCGCCGCGCCGAGGAACCCCGCACACAAUAGCGGCGCGCGCAGCCCCGCGCCCUUCCCCCCCGCCUCGCCCCCGUCCCUGUCCGCGCGCGCGCGCCCGCGCGCCCCCCGGGGAAACCGAGCCGGCAGCCUCACCUGCCGCCCGGGAGGGGGCGGGCAUUGUUCGCCGCCGCCGCCGCCGCGCCGGGGGCCAUGGGGGCUGCCCGGCGACCCGGGCCGGGCCUGGUGAGGUGGCCGUGCCGCCGCUGAGGAGGGCUCCUGCUCGCAGUUCCCCGCGGCGCAGGUGAGGCCGGCCGCGCCAUGGUGGACCCGGUGGGCUUCGCCGAGGCGUGGAAGGCGCAGUUCCCGGACACGGAGCCGCCGCGCAUGGAGCUGCGCUCGGUGGGCGACAUCGAGCAGGAGCUGGAGCGCUGCAAGGCCUCCAUCCGGCGCCUGGAGCAGGAGGUGAACCAGGAGCGCUUCCGUAUGAUCUACCUGCAGACGCUGCUGGCCAAGGAGAAGAAGAGCUACGACCGCCAGCGGUGGGGCUUCCGGCGCGCCGCGCAGCCCCCCGACGGCGCCGCCGAGCCCCGCGCGCCCGCGUCGCGCCCGCCGCCCGCCGCCGAGGGUGCCGACACGCAGCCCGCCGCCGCCUCGGCCGGCGAGGAGCCCGAGGCCCGGCCCGACGGCGAGGGCUCCCCGGGCGGCAAAGCCAAGCCCGCGGCCGCCGCGCGCAGGCCCGGACCCGCGGAGCGCGACGACCGCGGGCCCCCGACCAGCGUGGCGGCACUCAGGUCCAACUUCGAGCGGAUCCGCAGGGGCCCCGGCGCGGCAUCGUCGGAGGCGGACAAGCCCUUCUACGUGAACGUCGAGUUUCACCACGAGCGUGGCUUGGUGAAGGUCAAUGACAAGGAGGUGUCGGACCGCAUUAGCUCGCUGGGCACCCAGGCCAUGCAGAUGGAGCGCAAGAAGUCCCAGCACGGGCAGGGGCAGGGUGCGGGCGACGCGUCCAGGCCCUCUUACCGGGGGCGCUCUUCGGAGAGCGGCGGCCUUGGGGGCCUCGACGGCGACUACGAGGACGCAGAGCUAAACCCCCGCUUCCUUAAGGACAACGUGAUCCAUGCCAAUGGCGGGAGCAGGCCCCCGUGGCCGCCCCUGGAGUACCAGCCCUACCAGAGCAUCUACGUCGGGGGCAUGAUGGUGGAAGGCGAGGGCAAGGGCGCCCCGGGCCCGCUCCUGCGCAGCCAGAGCACCUCGGAGCAGGAGAAGCGCCUCACCUGGCCGCGCAGGUCCUACUCGCCCCGGAGCUUUGAGGACAGCGGAGGCGGCUACACGCCGGACUGCAGCUCCAACGAAAACCUCACGUCCAGCGAGGAGGACUUCUCCUCCGGCCAGUCCAGCCGCGUUUCCCCGAGCCCCACCGCCUACCGCACGUUCCGGGACAAGAGUCGCUCCCCGUCUCAGAACUCGCAGCAGUCCUUGGACAGCAGCAGCCCGCCCACGCCGCAGUGCCAGAAGCGGCACCGGCAGUGCCCGGUCGUGGUGUCGGAGGCCACCAUCGUGGGAGUCCGAAAGACGGGCCAGAUCUGGCCCAGCGAUGGGGACAGCGCCUUCCAGGGGGACCCAGACACCUCGUUUGGAACGCCCCCUGGCUAUGGCUGUGCUGCGGACCGGGCAGAGGGACAGCAGCGCCGGCAGCAGGACGGACUGCCCUACAUCGAUGACUCGCCCUCCUCCUCCCCUCACCUCAGCAGCAAGGGCAGGGGCAGCCGGGACGCUCUGGCCUCGGGAGCCCUGGAGUCUACCAAAGCGAGUGAACUGGACUUGGAAAAGGGCCUGGAGAUGAGAAAAUGGGUUCUGUCUGGAAUCCUGGCCAGUGAGGAGACGUACCUGAACCACCUGGAGGCACUGCUGCUGCCCAUGAAGCCGCUGAAGGCCGCCGCCACCACCUCCCAGCCGGUGCUGACGAGUCAGCAGAUCGAGACCAUCUUCUUCAAAGUGCCUGAGCUCUACGAGAUCCACAAGGACUUCUACGAUGGGCUCUUUCCCCGCGUGCAGCGCUGGAGCCACCAGCAGCGGGUGGGCGACCUCUUUCAGAAGCUGGCCAGCCAGUUGGGUGUGUACCGGGCCUUUGUGGACAACUACGGGGUUGCCAUGGAGACGGCCGAGAAGUGCUGUCAGGCCAACGCCCAGUUCGCAGAAAUCUCUGAGAACCUGAGAGCCAGAAGCAACAAGGAUGCCAAGGACCCAACCACCAAGAACUCGUUGGAAACCCUGCUAUACAAGCCUGUGGACCGGGUGACAAGAAGCACACUGGUCCUUCACGACCUGUUGAAGCACACUCCCCCCAGCCACCCCGACCACCCCCUGCUGCAGGACGCCCUCCGCAUCUCGCAGAACUUCCUGUCCAGCAUCAACGAGGAGAUCACACCCCGCAGGCAGUCCAUGACGGUGAAGAAGGGAGAGCACCGGCAGCUGCUUAAGGACAGCUUCAUGGUGGAGCUGGUGGAGGGGGCCCGCAAGCUACGUCACGUCUUCCUGUUCACCGACCUGCUCCUGUGCACCAAGCUCAAGAAGCAGAGCGGGGGCAAAACCCAGCAGUACGACUGCAAAUGGUACAUUCCGCUCACGGACCUCAGCUUCCAGAUGGUGGACGAGUCGGAGGCCACACCCAACCUCCCCCUGGUGCCCGACGAGGAGCUGGACGCCCUGAAGGUCAAGAUCUCCCAGCUCAAGAGUGACAUCCAGAGAGAGAAGAGGGCCAACAAGGGCAGCAAGGCCAUGGAGAGGCUGAAGAAGAAGCUGUCGGAGCAGGAGUCGCUGCUGCUGCUCAUGUCUCCCAGCAUGGCCUUCCGCGUGCACAACCGCAACGGCAAGAGUUACACAUUCCUGAUUUCCUCCGACUACGAGCGUGCCGAGUGGCGAGAGAACAUCCGGGAGCAGCAGAAGAAGUGUUUCAAAAGCUUCUCUCUGACGUCCGUGGAGCUGCAGAUGCUCACCAACUCCUGCGUCAAGCUGCAGACCGUCCACAGCGUCCCGCUGACCAUCAACAAAGAAGAUGAUGAGUCUCCAGGCCUGUACGGCUUCCUGAAUGUCAUCGUCCACUCAGCCACCGGAUUCAAGCAGAGUUCCAAUCUCUACUGCACCCUGGAGGUGGAUUCCUUUGGGUAUUUUGUGAAUAAAGCAAAGACGCGCGUCUACAGGGACACCACGGAGCCCAACUGGAACGAGGAGUUUGAGAUAGAGCUGGAAGGCUCCCAGACCCUGAGGAUACUGUGCUACGAGAAGUGCUACAACAAAACCAAGAUGGCCAAGGAGGACGGCGAGAGCACCGACCGGCUCAUGGGGAAAGGCCAGGUGCAGCUGGACCCCCAGGCCAUGCAGGACAGAGACUGGCAACGGACCGUCAUCGCCAUGAACGGGAUUGAAGUGAAGCUGUCGGUCAAGUUCACCAGCAGGGAGUUCAGCUUGAAGAGGAUGCCUUCCCGGAAACAGACAGGAGUCUUCGGGGUCAAGAUAGCCGUGGUCACCAAGAGGGAGAGGUCCAAGGUGCCCUACAUCGUGCGCCAGUGCGUGGAGGAGAUCGAACGGCGGGGCAUGGAGGAGGUGGGCAUCUACCGCGUGUCCGGAGUGGCCACGGACAUCCAGGCGCUGAAGGCGGCCUUCGACGUCAAUAACAAGGACGUGUCGGUGAUGAUGAGCCAGAUGGACGUGAACGCCAUCGCCGGCACGCUGAAGCUCUACUUCCGGGAGCUGCCCGAGCCCCUCUUCACUGACGAGUUCUACCCCAACUUCGCCGAGGGCAUCGCUCUUUCAGACCCCGUCGCAAAGGAAAGUUGCAUGCUGAACCUGCUGCUGUCCCUCCCGGAGGCCAACCUGCUCACCUUCCUCUUCCUCCUGGACCACCUGAAAAGGGUGGCAGAAAAGGAGACGGUGAACAAGAUGUCCCUGCACAACCUUGCCACUGUCUUCGGCCCCACGCUGCUGCGGCCCUCGGAGAAGGAGAGCAAGCUCCCCGCCAACCCCGGGCAGCCCGUGACCAUGACCGACAGCUGGUCCCUGGAGGUCAUGUCCCAGGUCCAGGUGCUGCUGUACUUCCUGCAGCUCGAGGCCAUCCCUGCCCCAGACAGCAAGAGACAGAGUAUCCUGUUCUCCACUGAAGUCUAAAGACCCAGCCAUCGUCUCCAGGAGGUCAGCAGGACUGCCUGGACACCCGUGGCGGAAUGGGCCACCCGCGGAGCAGGAACUGUAACCGGGCCACCUGCCAAGAGACAACAAGCACCCAAAGCAGAGGGCCAGAUGGCCUAGGCGGACCCCCCCCCCCCAGGGAGCACCUGGUGGGCCUGCAAGCCUUGGGCUGGCCUCAGACUGUGCUUUUCUCAAGCUGCCACCAGAGGGCGCUCCAAGCCCGCACUGCUCCACUGGGAGCGAAGGGAGUGGUUUUUAUGAAUUUAACUUAUCAGAAUUUAAAAGAUUCCCUACUGGAUCACCUGUCAAGAUGCACCCUGUCCGGGGAGAAGCUUCCCUCCCUGUUGUGUCUUGAAUAAACGCUGCUGCUGCUGCACCCCUGGGGGCCACGGCCCUCUCCCUGUGGCGGGGGAGAGGGAGGGGACGGGUCAGGUGCCCUGACCCAGGACACACACCCCCCCACCCCAUCCCCACCCGCCACCUGUAACAGGUCCAUACCGUGCAGCGCUCCAACUCCACACUCACCACCUGCUUCUCUCUUUUCUUUCUAGAAGGAUCUCUGCAGAAACUGGUCCGCUUCCUGCUGUUUCACAUUGCUUUGUUUUUUGCUGGCUUUUUGCCCCGGGAUGGAGCCAGGAUGCUGCGGGUGGGGGACCAGACCCCUCCUGGGGAGGGAGUGUCACUCGGGGACAGUCGGUGUGUCCACCAGCCCUGUCUUCCUGCCUGGCGCUCACUCCCUUUUUGGCUUUAAAGAAAAAAACAAAAACAAAAACACUUCAACUUCUCCGGCUCUGCUGUGCCCAAGGCCCCAGCCCCUCCUCCCCUGCACACCUGCCUUCUCUCCCGGCCUUCAGCGGAGCGCAGUUAACUCUUGUACAGGGCUGGUUUUAAAACUUUGAUCCGAAAUAGCCUUUUGAUACUUGAAUAUUUUUAAGUUUUAUACAUAGUUUCUAAGGUUUUUUUUUUCUUCUCCUAACAAGAUUCUGAUACCUUAAUAAGAUAUUAGAAUGUAUGCCGCGUGGACUGUCCCGUGUCCUAGCAGCAUUCCGUCUUCCUCGGAGCGCCCAGAGCGUGGGACACGAGGAGGGGCUGGGACAGGCCGGGCCUGGGGCUCCCAGUCCAUGCCCCGGCUCACCCCCGAACCUGGGCAGGAGCCAGGGCCGGCCGCCAAGUGUUGUGAAGAAACAGACCCUUGAGCAGUCACGGGUUUGUUCCGGGCAGGAGAGUGCAGACAGCCAGGGGAAGCGAGAGGCGAGGUUUCCCAGCCGGUCUUGGGGGGGCUGGGGGUGGGGGUGGGGGCUGCAGGAGGCAGAGGAGCAGUAGGCGAGACUCUGGACCGUGAGCACGAGAAGUCACGGGAGGACACAGCAGGGCGCCGUCCCAUCACCCGGGCGUCCACAGGCAGCCCACCGCGGGGAGCCCCUAGAGCCGGGGAGCCCUGUGCCCCCUUCCUGGCUGCUGGGGGCCUCGCCCAGGGAGGCAGAAGGCAGGAAAGCAAAGACAUGGAGGUUCGCUGCUGCUGCGCGUGGCAUCCAUGUAGCCUGCUUUCGGCUCGCAGCGCCUUGCAGGCAGGGAGUGGGAGCUUGUGCCCUCAGCACCCAGCUGGGGCCCCUGGACCCCUCUCUGGCCUGGCUUCCCAGCCCCACGAGGGCCAGCUCUUAUUUCUGUACCCCCCUAAUCCCCUCCAGUAUGUCUUGCGGUCUGCAUCUGUUGCCUAGAAACUGGAAAGCAAUAUGCCCCAACCCAAUGUGUGUGCCAAUGCGGGCCACCUCCUCCUACCCCCAGCCCCAUCCCUGCUGCCUCCGGCCCCUGUGAACCCCCCUCCCCCGCUGCCUCCUCGCCCUGGACUUCUUAUUUAUAUAGGACCCGUGCUAUUGGACCUCGAAAUGACCCCGUCCUGGCCGUGCGGUUGUGAGCGUGUCCCUCUGCCGCUGGCCACAGGGUCCAUCAGUGCUUUGCAUGGGAGUAGGGGGCUGCCUCAGUUUACCUCCUGUGUCAUACCCCACGGGCCUGUGAAUUGGCAGAGCCAGUGCGGAGCUGACCUAGGAGGGAGACCCGACCCCACCCCCGACGAGGUGUGGCCACCAGACUCUGCAGCCAGAAGCCAUGCUCUCGGGCCUCGGGCCUCACCAUCACCGCAGCCUGGCUGUCCCGCACCAAUGGGCGGCUGUGCCCAUCCCACUUCGGAGCCCAGCUGUCUGUGCCACACGGGGCUGGGGGUGGUGGGGGGAGCCUGGAGGACUGGCUGCCACUUCCAUUAAAGUUCCCUGUGACAACAACAA